AUGGUUUUCCUAGGGCGGGCGCGGCCGGUUAAGGCGACCAUAGCGGGGGACGCGGUGCCGAGGUUGUUGCCCGGGAUCGAUCCGCCGCAGCGCACCGACUCGCGUAUGGAACCCAACGAAUUCAACGCGGCUCUGGCCGUUAAUUGGCUGCGGGUGGCGGCGCCGAGACGGCGGCGUAACCUCCGCAGGGCCCCGCCGCCCCCGGCCUCCGUCCGCCCAACCGGCCGGGCCGUUUUUAUGAGCGAGAAGCCCGUCGGGACUCGCACGCGUCUAGGGCAGGGGGUGCGCUGCUAUCGACCGGCGCCUCCCCCCGACCGGCUCAGUUUCCGGGCGAGAGUCGCGCAGUACGCCCGCGCCGCGCCGCGACUCCGUCACUCGUUAGACAGUCCACUACAAGUAUCCACCAUGCUGAUAGGGCUCGUUCGGGACUCGGUGAUGCAGUGCUUCUGCCACUCAUGCCGCGCGCCCGUACUACCCGCAGCCCACCGGCGGUCGGCGCCCGUCAAGAAACCCGUCGGCAAGCCAAGGACCAAGCAGCCCAAGAAGGUCAAAUUCAUCACUACCGAGAUCCGCUGCCAGGAGAUGUCGAAGGGCGGUCUGGCCUACGAGGUGAUCCUCGCUGAGCCGGUGGGGGUGCCGGCGCCGCGCCGCGCCGACUCCCCCGAGAAGACUCCCUCCGUUGAGGAGAUCCAGGAGAAGCUGAAGGCCGCCGAAGAGAGGAGACGUAGCCUCGAGGCGAGCAAGAUGGCGGCGAUCGCGCAGAAGAUGGCCAAGAUCGAGGAGGCGUCGCGCAUCCGCAGCGAGCAGACCAACAACUUCAUCUGCACCACCAAGGAGGCGCUCGACGCCAAGAUGGACUCGCACGAGGAGAAGCGCGAGGCGUACAUCAACGAGUUGCGCGCACGCCUCAAGGACCAUCUCGAGGGCGUCGAGAAGACCAGGCUGUCGCUGGAGCAGCAGACCGCCGAGGUGUACAAGGCUAUCGAGGAGAAGAUGAACACCGCCGCCGACAAACGCGACGAGAACAUCAAGAAGAUGCUGGAGCGCCUGCGCGAACACGAGGAGCAGGUGCGCAAGGUGCGCGCCGGCAACCAGGAGAAGUUCCAGCAGCUGGAGAGCGCCAUCCAGGAGAAGCUGCAGCAGGCCGCCGACCGCAGGCUCCUGCUCGAGGCCGAGCAGAAGGAGAAACUGCGCAACCACAACAAUAAGCUAGCGGAAGUGCGCUCGGUCAUCACGGCCAAAAUGGAGGAGAUCACGAAAGACAUCGAGACCAAACUGACCGCCGCCGAGCAGAAUAGGGAGAAGGAGAUACAGAAGAAACUGGACUUUGUCAAAAAGGAGGUUUGUAUAUGGCAACACGGGACAACGGGCGAUGGACGAGCGGCGCGCCGAGCUGGUGCGGCAGAACAAGUGCGCGCGCGCCGAGAGCGAGCCGGCGCCCACCCAGGGAUAGGUGCGCCCCCGCGCCCCGCCCCCGCCCCCGCCGCCGCCGCACCGCCCCCCGCCGCCGCCGCCGCCGCCACCGCGCCACGGCCUCACGGCCUCACCGCUACCUGCCGCUCGGCCACUGGCCGGCUUCCACCACCACCACCACCAGUAACGACAUCGUCGGGGGGCACGCGCACUCCAUCGAGCAACUCACGGCGGAGUCGUUCACUCAACAAUAAUGCUCAUCACUAU